AUGAAUGAUCCAACGCUACCCACGUCUGCGACCUUGUCACAUCUUGUUGACGACCCUAUCUACGAGGAAGAAGAGCCAUAUGAGAUAUGGGCAGACGAUCUUCCUGUCAAUGUCGCUAGAACGAAUGUGAAGCUCGAAAUCAUUCCAUACUGUCCCCUUACCGAUGUUAGAAGCAUUGAUGAGAAACCGCAGCUAGAGAAGUUCGGUUUCGAGUGGAUGCAUCAAGACUUCCCGCAUCACGCUGGCUUGCACAGCUCAGAUUGUGUCGACUUGAAGCCGAGAGAACAACAAAAUGUUCUUGAUGCUUAUGUGGCAUCCAUGUCCGAUUUUCCACAAGAGCAACUCAAAUGUUUUCAGGUUGUUUGUUGGGAUUGGAGAGUGAGAAAAUCAUUGUUGACGAAACCGCAAAAGUUCCCAACCAUCUACAGCUUGAAAGACGGAUCUCCUGACUUUAUGGAGAAGGUUGUGUCUGCUAUUGCCAGUCCCCAGGAGCUCCUCGAGGCAAAGAGUGGGAAAUACAGAAUUCGUGUACUCACGCUUUGGAGACCACUUGUUGACGUUGUCAAGACGAACCCGCUGGUCUGCUGCGAUACACGGACCGUCAAAGAUACAGACCUCGAUGUGGUACAGAAAGUCAUGGACGAUACUGUGGAGGAGGGAAUGUAUCUGAAAUGGAACAAAGAUCACCGCUGGUACUGGCAGAGUGACCAAACUCGCGAUGAUGUACUUGUUAUGACUGUUUGGGAUUCUCGCAGACCCACCACGAAACAUGUUGCUGUGCCCCAUGUUACCAUGGUCCUACCGGUGCCGCUGUCAGGUGCCCAACCUCGCGAAAGCAUCGAGCUGAGAUAUGUUGUUUGGAACGGUACAGGACAACACUUGAGCUAG